AUGGGCCUAGGCAAGCUCAUGGAGGACCCCGAGGCACUGGCCAGAUUUCUCCAGCGGGCCCGGUCUCUCGAAAAGAUCUUCAAAGACCUGGGCCUGGAACACUUCCUCGACAAUCCGGAGGCGCUUCGACAGGUCCUUGAGGCCUUCGCAGACUUGGGCUUGGAGCACCUCUUGAAGAACCCGGAGGAGCUCAAGAGCUUCUUGCAGUCGGCCAAGCAGCUCAAAGAGAUGCUUGAGGCUGCUGGCUUCGGGGAUGUCUUUGGCGACCCGUCGAAGCUGGAGGAGCUGAAGCAGAGUCUGGAUUUGCUCAGACGGGUCCGUGACCUCUUCGAAAAGUAUGGGCUUGGCGAUGCCUUCAAGGACCCCGCGUUGCUGGAAGAGAUCCUGUCCAGGUACGAGGGACUGCGCAAAGCUUUUGAAGAAUAUGGUUUCUCGGAGCUGUUCGAGGAUCCAUACAACCUCAAAGGCUUUUUGAGGAACUACGCCAAGCUCCGUGAGGCCUUCAAGGACCUGGGAUUAGAGUAUCUUCUGGACAGCGCCGCCGCCAUGCGAGAUUUUCUCGCAGGCCACACCUCUGGAGAGAAGGAGCUUCUCGACCUUCGCGCAAAAGCGUCCAGGCUGGAUGAGGCCGAGGAGAAGCUCCGUCGCAGGGACGAGGAACUC